UCUCACGGCAGCAAAGAUGCAUCAUUCAAGCCGGCAGGACUUUGACAAUAAUGGAGACCAUGGUAGAUUCGGCAGAAAGUAGCACAGGCACCGCUGCGCCGUACGGACAAGCCUGUUCGAAUUGCGCGAAGGCGAAGUGUAGGUGCGUCUUGCAGGAAAGUGGAACCGCGUGUGUAAGGUGCCAACGUCUGAAGAAAGACUGUACACCGGCGACACAAUCCCGAAAGCGCACCGCUAGAAGGAAAUCGCCAGCCACCAGGACGCAGCUCGAGGAUAAGCUAGACAGCCUUGUAACAUUGCUGAGUGCCCAGCAUGCAUCUUCCUCCGCGCAGCCCACAGGAGCCCAACCGCCGCCGAGACAUGAAUCAACAUCAUCACAUAGAGGAAUAUGUUCUCGUCAAGAUCUCCUCCCGACACCUAGUACUACAGGAUCUCGAUCUGACUAUCAAGCAUCGCCCUCAAGUGCCAUCAUAAUUGAGCAAGCCGACCAUGACGAUGUCCGAGACAACAAAAUAUUGGACCACUUCUGCUCCAACCAUCUCAAGCAAUUCCCAUUCAUAUUCAUUCCAACACCUUCGACUGCCGCGGAUAUACGACGAGAUCGCCCGUUUCUCUGGAUGAACAUCGAGGCGAUUUGCUCUGGCUCUAUUGAACAGCAAAAUGAGCGUGGACUCCAGAUCCGAGAGAAGCUAGGGUCCAUGACCAUUGUUCACGGCGAACGAACUCUCGAUAUGCUUCAGGGCCUCUUGGCUCAUAUGGCAUGGCUACAUUACUUCUCGAAGGGCCAAAGCCCUUUCCUUGGUAUGCUGUCUGGAAUGGCCCAGUCACUCGUGAGGGAUCUUCGACUUGAUGAGCCGAGAAGCGGUGGUCAUCGUGCUGGCGUUUUCAAUUCCCCGGGGCCUUCGUUAUAUCACCUUUCGCCUGCCGAUCCAGGCUGUGGAACUCAUGAGAAGCGGCGGGCUCUUCUCGCUUGUUACGCUAUAUCUUCGACUGCCGCGCAUUCAAUGCAGUUCGAUUAUAUGCGAUGGAGUGCGCCCAUGGAAGAAGCUGCUACCAGUCUUAGCACUGACCCUCAAUGUCCCGGAGACGAAGUCAUCGCCGCGUUUGCUAGGAUUUGCUUCAUUUCCAAUGAGGCUUUGAAGGCCAUGUCACAGGCUUCUCAAGAUCCAUCGACCAUGUUUCUGCAGAUCAGACCAUUGCGCGCAGCAAUGGAAAGGGUCAAAAAGUCGCUUUCACCCACCACCCUAUCCAACCCAUUCGUCCAAUCCUACAUCCACAACACCGAAAUCCUCAUCCACGAAUCCGUCCUCUCCCAACGGCCCCCCUCACCAACCUCCCUCCACCCCAACCACCGCCGCUACGAGUACCUCCACGCCAGCCUCAGCGCCAGCAAAUCCUGCAUCGAAAACUACCUCACCUUCCAGACGUCGCAGCACGCCUCCAUGACCUUCUUCAUCAUGCUGCAAUGCCUGCACGCGCUGCAGGUCCUCUACCGACUCACCACGCUCAACGACCCGGAAUGGGACAACGCCGUCGUGCGCCAGUCCGCAGACGUCCUGUCGUACUUCGAGCGCAUGAUCGUCAUCCUCGGCGACGUGCACGCGUACAGUGCGUCCGACAGGCCGCCGGGCGAGGAGAGCGUGUGGUCGAAGGGGGCGGAGAGGUUCAGGGCGUCGUUGCCGGCGUGGACGGUCGGGAUCAGUAAGGCGGAGGAGUGGUUUGCGAGACAGCAGCAGUCGCAGCAGUCGCAGCAGCAGGCGGGUGGGACGACGGGUGAAGAGACGUUGAUGGAGGUGGGCGAUGGGUCGUUGGAUGCUUUUAUGGCGGGGUUGUCCGACGAUGCGUGGUUUGCGGAUUUGUUUACGCCGGUUUGGAAUUAUUCCUGAGUUGUCGAUUGAAAUUUUUUCUAGCUACAAAGACACAUAGUUAGUUGGCUAUGUUGGAGUUGGAAUGGGUUGAAAUGCAUCAUACCCGACGAUGCUGUCAAUACCGCAAUCGAGCACACUGGGAAUUAGAGACAAGCAUAAUAAC